UGUAUGUAGGGCGCUGGUGGUGCGAGCGGAGGCUGCAAUGCAAAUUAGCGCGCCGGAGGAGAGCGAGGGUUUCUGAGCCGAGCGAGACACGCGGCUUUCUGACGCAGCUGAUAGGCGUCUGCUCGGCUUCGCCUGUUCCUCCUCUCGCAAGGUGAACGGGCGAAGGGACCGGAUCGCUCGUCCCGCGGGGUUAAUGUUGCCCACCGAGGCGGAGACUUUUCUGGGCUCGCCCGGGAUGGAAUUCUGGAUCAGCCCCGCCGCUUACGAUGAAGUCAGCGGGAACGCUGACCUGGGCGGUAGCGAGGAUCUCAUAUCCCAGGAAUUGGAGGAGGUACUUUGCUCUGAGCGAGUUGGCAGGAUCACCAAGACAUACCAUGAUAUAGAUGCAGUUACCACCCUGCUGGAAGAGAAGGAGCAUGAUCUGGAGUUAGCAGCCCGUAUUGGGCAGUCAUUACUCAAGCAAAACCGGAGCUUGUCUGAACGCAAUGAGCUCUUGGAGGAGCAGCUAGAAUUAGCAAAAGAGGAGAUAGCUCAGCUGAGACAUGAAGUAUCAAUGCGGGAUGAUCUUCUCCAUCUGUUUACCAACAGCACUGAAGACAGUGAACCAACUUCCAUCAUUUCUACCCCGCUGCGAAGGAAUGAAUCUGCCCUCUCUUUGCAGCAGUGUUUCCAGUAUGAUGUACUCCAGCAGAAGCUUAAAGGGCUGGAGGAGGAGAACCAGAAACUGCGUACUGAAGCUACCAGCAUUGCCACGGAAACGUAUCAGUAUGAGGAGCAGGAGCAGAAGCUGAUGCUUGACUGCGUGGAUCAAUUUUCUGAUGCCAGCCGGGAAGUUGCCCUGGUUUCUGAGGAGCUGGCUCGCAAGACAGAGGAUACAAUCCGGCAACAGGAGGAAAUAAGCCAACUUCUAGCACAGAUUGUAGAUCUGCAGCAGAAAUGCCGUGUGUAUGGUUCUGAAAUGGAGCAAUUGCAGCAGCAGCUCACGGCGGCCAGAGAGACCCAACGGCAGCUACGCAGAGAGCUCCAGGACUUGCAGGAGAAAUACACAGAAUGUGAAGCAAUGUUGCGUGAAGCUCAGGAGGACAUUAAAAACCUCCGCAACCGCAGUCUGCCCAACAGCACCAUCCACCACAGUUCCCCCACCUUCUUACCCCUGGAUUCCUUGGCUGCAGAGAUCAAGGGCACAAUGAGAAAAGGGAUGGACAGCUGUGGGUCAUCUGAAUACAAGGGCUUCCGGCGGGUGUUUGAGACAGUGAAGGCUGUGAAACAAGCAACAAAGGCCAAAUCAGGAAUGGCGUCACCACUGAGUCUUCCCCCGGGUUCUCCCAAAGUAUCUUCAGUGAUCUGCAGUCACUUUAGCACCCCACGCAACAGCCGCUAUGGUUCAGAUAGCCCCAUUAUGCUGGAAGAAAAGAGUGACCUGGCUCCUGAACGUCUGGAUGGUGCCCACCAGGGCGUGGCUGCUACAUCAGGUACACCUGGCCACCAUGUCUUGGAAGCUGCUCUCCAGUGUUUGUCUGCUCGCCAGAAGAACCACAGCACCGAGCAUUCAUUUUUUGAGAUGGAGCGUGAAUGCAAACUGAGGCGCCUGGCUCGGGAGGCGGAGGACUCGAGUGGGUUUCUGACCCCCAACGAGAGCAUCACAUCUACAGGGACCAACUAUUCAGGCAGCUCUGGGGGUUCUGGCACCUCCUUGGGCUCCUACUCUUGCUUCCCUGAUAAGCUUCAAAUCAUUAAACCCCUGGAAGGCUCCGUGACCCUGCACCAUUGGCAGCAGCUGGCCCGGCCUCACCUGGCAGGAAUCCUGGAACCGCGACCUGGUGUGCUUACCAAAGAUUUCCGGCAACUUGACACUGAUGUGGAGGAGGUCUACAAUUUGAAUGACUUGGAAGAAGAUGACAUGGAUGCCAGCAUGUUCCCUUCCCCUGCUACCUCAACACCUGCUAAAGCCAAAGAAAGGCCAAGCGUUUUUCACUCCGUUAACAAUCUGCCCCAGACCCCGCCUACUUUCACCAUCACCACCUGUUGCAUCUUGCACCCUAGCAACGAGGUUACCAUGGUGACACCCAGUCUUUAUAAUACAGUUGUGCCCUCUUGUGGGCCCUGCACGGGGCUGAACCCCUCUUCCCCUCCUCAGCACCCCCUAAAGGAACAACCCAGGCAGGAGGAGGAAGAGACAGAAUCUCCUCUUGGACUGGUGACUCUACUGGCAGAGCAAGGCAUUUCUGCACAGAGCCAAGGAAGGGCACCCAUGGCUUUGCCCCAGUUUAUUAGAGAUCCAUCUCCUCCUCCUUGGCUUUCUCCUUCCUUGGCUUUGCUGUGGCAUGACCGCUGGGACAGCUUUGCUAAUUGGACCUCAGGACUGUGUCGGCUGCAGUGCAGGAAACCAGAGAAGAGCCGGGAUAGCAUCUUCAGCUUGAAUCUGGUGGAGAAACUGCAGCAGCUGGGGCUCGACAAGGUGUUGGCGAGAGGGGAAGCAUCAUACAUAACCUCACGUCUGCAGGAACUUUGCCGGAGAAAGAAAAGUCUCUCUGGACUCAGCUGGCAGGAUCCGACACCGAUGGGGCCUCAGUGAAAAGGAAGGGAAGUCCCAUUGCCUGCUUUAUGAAAGAUGGACAAAACUCAGAUGUGUGGCUGGAGCUUUGGGAACUCUGGUGUGCUGGGAUGAGGGGCCCAGAAAUUCUGUUUAGAGCACUAUUUUCUCCAUUCUGUUGUUGGCAUGUCUACUACAGGGGCACAUUCCAUCUCUGCAUCUCCAUUCUAGGAAUUUCUUCUCCCUUCCUUCCUCCUCUCCACUGUUGGUGGAACACUUCUGUCAAAUUAGAGUUCUGGACCACUGCAGAAAAGGCUGGACUGGGCAGGAGGAAUGAGAC